AUGAAGAAGGAACACCCCGAGUUGGAUGUCGCCAGUGCAGAGUCGUUCGAGCCGGAUGGUAUCCAUGAUGGAUUGGAGUUCCCCACAGAAGCAGAACGGCUCACCCUUAGGCGGGUAUCCGAUACCCUUCCAUGGGCUUCAUAUCUGAUUGCCUUUGUGGAACUUGCUGAACGAUUUUCGUAUUAUGGCGCUUCUGUCGUAUUUACAAAUUUUAUACAGCAGCCUCUACCUGACGGUUCACACACUGGUGCUGGGGGUGGCGGAAAUGGUCAAUCAGGUGCAUUGGGGAAAGGACAACAGGCGUCGAGUGGCCUUGUUACAUUCUACGGUUUUUGGGCCUACGUUGUUCCGCUGUUAGGCGCUUACAUCGCCGAUGCCCAUUGGGGUAGAUACAAGACUAUCUUUUGGGCGAUUAUGAUUGCCCUCGUCGGACAUAUUAUCCUGAUUGUGUCCGCUGUUCCCGGUGUUAUUGAGAAGACUGAGGGAGCUACUGCUUGUUUUGUCAUAGGCAUGAUUGUAACCGGAUUUGGUACAGGACUUUUCAAACCUAAUAUUUCACCUCUGGUUGCGGAACAAUAUCGCAAACAAAAAUUGUUUAUUCGUACUCUUGAAUCCGGCGAACGGGUCAUUGUGGAUCCUGUGUAUACAGUUUCCCGAGUUUACAUGUACUUCUACUUGUUCACAAACAUCGGUGCAUUGGUCGGUCAAAUUUCCAUGACCUAUGCUGAGAAGUAUAUCGGAUUCUGGCUAGCCUACACCCUACCCACAGCAGUUUUCAUGCUCUGUCCAAUCGUUAUGUUCUUAGGUCGCAACAAGUAUCAAAGAUCACCCCCAGAAGGAUCUGUACUUGCGACUGCAUUGCAUCUUUUUGCGUUUGCUGCACGAGGUAGAUGGAGUUGGAAUCCCGUCAAGCUAUGGAACAAUUUCAACACCGAUGAUUUCUGGGAAGGAGCGAAACCCAGUCGCGUGGCAAACAAGCCUAAAUGGAUGACCUUUGAUGACCAAUGGGUGGAGGAGGUUCAGCGUGGCUUGAAAGCUUGCGCCGUUUUUACUUGGUAUCCUAUAUAUUGGCUGUCGUACAACCAAUUAACGAACAAUCUGAUCUCACAAGCUGCUACAAUGGACGUUCAUGGAGUACCGAAUGAUGUCCUGGGUAACUUGGAUCCUUUAGCUCUCAUCAUCUUCAUCCCCAUCUGCGAUCUCCUUUUCUUCCCUCUCCUGAAACGUGUCGGUAUCAAUUUCACUGCUCUCAAGAAGAUCACCGCCGGAUUUUUCACUGGAGCUCUUGCGAUGAUAUGGGCCACCGUCGUUCAGUAUUAUAUCUAUAAGACCGACCCCUGUGGUAAUAUGGCAGACUCGCUUUCUUGUGAAUCAGUGUCGCCACUCAAUGUCUGGAUACAAACUGGAUCAUAUGUACUAGUUGCCUUCUCUGAGAUUUUUGCAUCCAUUACGGGUCUGGAGUAUGCUUUCACGAAAGCCCCGAAGAACAUGCGAUCUCUUGUAAUGAGUGUGUUCUUCUUUCAAAGCGCCCUUGGCUCAGCCCUCUCGGAGGCAUGGUUGCCUCUGCUUGUUGACCCCUUGCUCACCUGGAACUAUGGUUCUAUUGCAAUUAUAUCAACAGUUGGUGGGGUCCUUUUCUGGCUUUCCGUCAGAAAACUGGAUAUCCAGGAAGACAAACUCAACAAUCUGGCUACGGGCCACAUACAUGCACAAGAUCACCCAACUAACGAGAAAUCUGUUUGA